GAAUGGAGAGAAAACUGAGAGCGGUUGUGCUGCUGCAGAUACAUUUGCUCUGCGUCUCUGCGUUCUUCGCGGACGGACAAUCUAGUGCAAAUCAUGAGAAUGUGAUUGACCUUGUGGAAGCCCUAAACAUCCCUCACCGAAAAACUAUGACCAGCAGCAUGAUAUAUAAACUACGUCCCAGAGCACCCCACCUGACGCUCCCUGCUGAAUAUUCUCACUUCCUGUACUCCAACCUUCAGGGUAGCAUGGGUGUUCAUGUAGUGGCACGCCAGGCACCUCGAUCCACUGGCACUGUUUUUUCUCUUUCCUCUGCGUCUGCAUCUUUGCCUAUUCUCCAGAUCAUCUCCUCCACCCUCGAUAACACCCUGCGUUUGGACUACCAGGCUGAAGGAAGACCACACAGUUUUGCCAGCUUUCAUUUUCCAGGGACAAACCCUUUCUCCAGUGAAUCAUGGGUAUGGCUGGCUGUGAGCCUGGAGCCUGACAGACUGGCAUUUUUUGUGGACUGCCAAGAAGCUGCAGUUUUACCGAUAGAAAGUGAGAACAAGAUCAACCUGGAGCUUCCUCAAGAUGUUCUCAUCACUCUUGGCAGCACAUUAGGAAAGAGAAACAGUAAAUUUAGCGGAUAUCUGAAAACAGCUGAACUUUCACUGAAAGCAUAUCCAAGGCGUCCGUGGAUCUGCAACAAUCUUACAGAUGAGGCGGCUCCUUCAGACACACACAACCCAGAUUCCUGGACUGAAUCUAGUCACCCUCACAGUAAACAUCAAGCAAAACACAGAUCACAGGAGCAAACCAGCCAUCAUCCUCCGGACAUCCAGAGUGAUCAGAUGCAGAGAGCUGCGGUAGUGGAGCCUAGAGGAUCUCCUCAAGGUGUAACAUCUGCUUCUCAGGUAGAGAGAGAUGACAGACUGAGGAAGCUAGAGAGGAGGAUGACGGAGCUGACGCAUAUGCUGGACAGAGUCAACAAUAAGAAUGAAGAACUACAGAAUCGUGUGAGCUUCCUGGAGUUAUGUCUGAAGGAACAAUGCCAAGGGACUCAGUCAGAUUAUCCUGUUCACAAUGCGCCCAAUUUAGUGGAAGAUUGCUUCUCUCAGGCAAGUUCAUGCAAUCCGUGCCCGUCCCAGCCGUGCCCGUCCCAGGAAUGGCCGUCCCAGCCAUGCCCUUCCCAGCCGUGCCCUUCCCAUGAAUGCCCGUCCCAGCCGUGCCCUUCCCAGGAACGCCCGUCCCAGCCGUGCCCUUCCCAGCCGUGUCCUCCCCAGCCGUGCCCGUCCCAGGAAUGCCCGUCCCAGCCAUGCCCUUCCCAGCCGUGCCCUUCCCAUGAUUGCCCGUCCCAGCCGUGCCCUUCCCAGGAACGCCCGUCCCAGCCAUGCCCUUCCCAGCCGUGCCCUUCCCAUGAAUGCCCUUCCCAGCCGUGCCCUUCCCAGGAAUGCCCGUCCCAGUCGUGCCCGUCCCAGCCGUGUCCUCCCCAGCCGUGCCCGUCCCAGCCUUGCCCUACUCAAGUCUGCAAAGAGGACUGUGAAAGACAUACAUGUGUUGAGGUCAACAGGGAGUGCCCUCAACAACCGUGUCCUCCCCAGCCGCGUCCUCAACAGCCGUGUCCUCCACAGCCACGUCCUCCCCAGGAAUGCCCUCCCCAGGCGUGCCCUAUUCAGAACUGCAAAGAGGAGAAUGUACCUGACUGUCAAAGACGUUCAUGUGAGGGGGGUAACAGGGAGUGUCUUACCUGUUCAGAAGAGAAUGUACCUGAAGGCUGUGAACAGCAAACCACAAGUUGCACCCAUUCUGGUGAAAGUUAUAAUCAUGGAGACUCAUGGAGGUCAGUGGAGAAUCCUUGUGAUAUCUGCUCCUGUUCGGAGGGUCAAGUUCACUGUGAGAGGGAGCAGUGUAACACUGCCUGCAAAAAUCCUGCUGCUCCUCCUCCCAAUUGCUGCUGUCCAGUCUGCAAUGGCUGUGGUGUGAAUGGGCAUGACUUCCCUAAUGGAGCUGUGAUCCCUGUUGGAGACCCCUGUCAAGAGUGUAGAUGUGUGGAUGGAAAUAUGGUAUGUUCACCUGUUCGCUGUCCUGCGUUAUCUUGUCGCAACCCAGUGCAUCAUGCUGGAGAGUGUUGUCCACGAUGUGAGCAAUGUCAAUUUGAGUCCAAAAUAUAUGAGAAUGGAGAGACGUUCACAUCCAGGAGACACCCCUGCCUCCAAUGCCACUGCUCUGCAGGUGAAGUGUCAUGUGAACACAUGGCUGCAUCAUGUCCUACACCACACUGUAGCCAUCCAGCUAAGCACAGAGGACAAUGUUGCCCCACAUGCAGUGACUGUGAGUAUGAACGAAGGGUGUAUACUGAUGGGACAUCGUUCACCCCUCCUGGAAGUGGACCCUGCCUGCAGUGCAGGUGUAAGGGUGGGAAUGUACUUUGCAAUGAAGAAAAGUGCCCUCCUGUCCACUGCUCCAACCCUGUUAGAGACCCAAACCGUUGUUGUCCAGUCUGCAAAACAUGCGUAUUGGAGGGAAUCGAAUAUGAAGCGGGCUCCAACUGGCAGCCUGAGGGUCCGUGUUCCAGCUGCACCUGUGUGAAUGGAGAGGCCUUAUGUACACGCACACAGUGUCCCCCCACUAACUGUCAGCAUCCCACCAGGAUUACUGGAUCCUGUUGUCCAGUGUGUGAUAGCUGCAAUUAUAACAAUCGUAUCUAUGACAACGGCCAGAGGUUUACAACCCCAGACCAACCCUGCUACACCUGCACUUGUCUGCGUGGCACUGUUGUGUGUGAGACACAACCUUGCCCCCCACUUAACUGCAGAGACUCAUACACCCCACCUGGAGAGUGCUGCCCAAAAUGUCGAGACUGCUCCUAUGACAACCGUGUGUUUGUCAAUGGAGAAGUUUUUCGCAACCCUGUGAGUGCGUGUGAGGAGUGCACAUGUGUGAGUGGAAGGAUUGACUGCCAUCAAGCACAAUGUCCUGAGCCUCGCUGUAAUGCACCUCUGCCUGGGACAUGCUGCCGGAACAACUGCAAUGGCUGCAGCUAUGCAGGGAAUGAAUAUCCCAAUGGACAGGAAUUUCCCCAUCCUACUGACCUAUGCCGGACAUGCAGCUGCACUAAUGGAAAUGUCCAAUGUCUGAAGAAGAGGUGUCCAACACUGACCUGCUCCAACGCUCUUGUCACACAGAGAGACUGCUGUCCCCAGUGUCCUGCUCCUCUGUCAGGCUGUGCGUAUGAACAAAGAUCCUAUAGACACAUGGAGCGUUUCGACGACCCGACUCACAGCUGUCGAUCAUGUAUCUGCACCAACGGGAAAGUUCACUGUAAGCGAAAGCGCUGCCCCUUCGCUCACUGCUCUCACCCCAUCAUACAAGAUUGCUGCCGGACCUGUGAAGGCUGCUCACAUGAGAAUCUGGAGCGAGCUAAUGGGGAGACCUGGGAUGAUAGAUCAGACCCAUGUGUUGAGUGUGUCUGCCGUGACGGCUCUGUGCAAUGUCGCAGGAAACGCUGUCCAGCCUCCAACUGUAACCACCCAGUCCAGAGACAGUGCUGCAUGUCCUGCGAUGGCUGCAUGUUCAAUGGUAGAGAAUAUCUUGAAGGGUCUGAGUUCAGUGAUGGCAGAGACCCCUGUGCUGUGUGUCAGUGUUACCGAGGGGAUGUCACUUGCACCAAGAUACCCUGUAAUGAAGAGUGCAGCCACCCUUACAAACCACCCGGACAAUGCUGCGGAGAAUGUGAACGCUGUUCCUAUAUUGGUGUGGUCAUCCCCAAUGGACAGUCCAUCCCUGACCCAGGAAACCCUUGCUCUGAAUGCGUUUGUGAGAGAGGUUCUGUGCAAUGCAGGAGGAAGCAGUGUCCUGAAACCCUCUGUGCUCAUCCAGUCGCAAAUGCUUGUGGCUGCCCCGUCUGUAAUGGUUGUCAAUUGGAAGGUGUGACUUAUGCUGACGGACAGAUUCUCCCUGAACAACAACAAAGGUGCCAGGACUGCAGAUGUUCAAGAGGUGAGGUAGUGUGUGAGCAGAGAAGGUGCCCCAUUGUGUCAUGCCCACACCCAACUCUCAACAGCUGUGCAUGUGAAGUGUGUGACGGAUGCAACUUCUAUGGGCGUGACUGUUUGAGUGGAGAACAGUUUCCACACCCUACAGAGAGCUGUCAGCGCUGCUCCUGUCAGAAUGGUGAUGUGGUAUGUGAGCGUGAGUCUUGUCCAAGCAUCACCUGUAGUCAUCCAGUGACACGUCCUGGGGAUUGCUGCCCCGCCUGUGACUCCUGUCUCUAUGGGGAUACUGUUUACUCCAAUGGUGACAUCUUCAGGCCCUCAUCCAGCCACUGCCAGCGCUGCACCUGUGUCAGGGGCACUGUUGAAUGUGAGCCCAAUGACUGCCAACAAACACCAUGUGCUCAACAUGUUUCCCACUCAGGACCGUGCUCAGAGUGUAUUCUGAAUGGACAGGAGUUCAGCGAUGGGCAGACAUGGACCCUGAGUUCAAACCACUGCUCCACCUGCACCUGCAAGGCAGGUGAGGUGUAUUGUGCAAUUCCUGAGUGCCCUAAGCUCCCCUGUAUGCAUCAGGUGACUGAUCCAGGAGCCUGCUGUCCUCGUUGCAGAGGUUGUGUUUAUGAGGGAGAGAAGCAUGCAGAGGGCAGCAGCUGGUUUGCAGACUCCACUCCAUGUCUGACAUGUAUGUGCGUGGACGGUGUGACCACCUGUUCUGAAGUACACUGUCUGUCUCCAUGUGUCAACUUCAUCAGGGUGCCUGGGGAGUGCUGCCCAGUGUGUGCUGACUGUGUAUUUGAGGACAGAGUAUACGGCCCAGGGGACAGUUUCCAUCCAGCCCAUGAUCCCUGUCAGAUCUGCACAUGUGAGGUGAUGCCAGAUGGAGAACAGCACUUGAAGUGUUACCGAAAGCAGUGUCCCAGUCUAGUUGACUGUCCAAAGAGCAACAUCUUGUUCUCUGGACCAGACUCUUGCUGUCCUGUCUGUGCACAGCCUCUCAGUAACUGUACCACUGCACUGAUUGGCAACGAGGUGUUGGCAACAGAUGACCCCUGUUUUACGUGCCAGUGUAAGGACCUGACAUGGACUUGCUUACACAAAGUCUGCCCACCACUCACCUGCCCACUAAAUGAACAGUUCACCUCCCCAGACUCAUGCUGCCCUGUGUGUAAAGAUUGUAUAAUCGAGGAUCAGAACAGGCACGUACUGAACGGGACCAGCUGGAAAGACAGCAACGAUGACUGUGUGACAUGUACCUGUAUUUGGGGCCACAUUGAGUGCAGCAUUGAAGAGUGUUUACCUGAUAUUUGCCUGGAAGGCCAAAAGCAAGUGAAACUUCCUGGGAAAUGCUGCUAUGAAUGUCAAGACUCAGAGGUGUCGUGUUUGUACCAGGGGACAGUGUAUCACUCCAAUGAACACUGGGAGGUGGACGAGUGCACCAGCUGUACGUGUGUGUCUGGAGAUGUACACUGUCACAGUGAACGAUGCCCUCUCCUCACCUGUGCAAAUGAUGAGAUGCCCGCAGUUGUUCCAGGUUUGUGUUGUCCUCAUUGCCUUCCUCGUCCAGCUACCUGCAUUGCCUUUGGCGAUCCUCAUUACCGUACCUUCGAUGGCCGAAUGCUGCAUUUUCAGGGAACAUGCACAUAUGUCCUGGCACAAGAUUGUGAGAGUGGAGACUUCAGUAUUUAUGCUACAAAUGAUGAUCGUGGACGUAAAGGAGUGUCUUGGACUAAAGAGGUCACUGUGUUCUUAGGUGAUGUCACAGUGCAGUUACUGCAGGACUGGGUUGUGAAGGUGAAUGAUGAGGUUGUGACUUUGCCAUUCCUCAGGGAACCAUACAUUUAUAUUGAACAACAAACCAACACAAUCUUACUUAACACUAACAUUGGUCUAAAGGUGCUGUGGAGUCCUCGUUCACACGUGGAAGUAAGUGUGCCAGGUUCCUACAAGGGCCAUACCUGUGGUCUUUGUGGAAAUUUCAACAACUACUACCAGGAUGACCUCCGGAUGCCAAAUGGACAAAUCAGCCUGUCAGAGUCUGACUUUGGCAACAGCUGGAGGGUCAGAAAUGGUAGCAAUUUCCAAUCAUCUUGUCAUCCUGGUGAGGAUGUUGACCCUUGUAAGGAUGCAGGCUUCCAGGCCAAGAAGGGGGCCAAUACUCGCUGUAAAAUCCUGAAGUCUGCUGUCUUUAAGCCCUGUCAUCACGUGGUGCCUCCUGAACAGUGGUACGGAGCUUGUGUGUAUGACCUCUGCGCUUGUGGUGCCAAUACGGAUGACUGUCUUUGUGACACACUGGAAGCCUAUGCCAGUCAGUGCAGAGCAGCAGGAGUCAUCCUGCAGUGGAGGAGUGCAUCUCUGUGCGCUGUGGGCUGCCCAGUGGAGAGGGGUUUCGUGUUUGACGAGUGCGGGCCCCCUUGUCCUGUAACCUGCUUUAAUGUCGAUGUACCUCUGGGAGUGAUAGAAAGCCACUGCUUCAAGCCCUGUGUUCCAGGCUGUCAGUGUCCCGCUGGUCUGGUCCUACACAACAACUACUGCAUACCACCAGAAAAGUGCCCUAAGAUCAUUCAUGGCAGUCCCUCAAACUCCCCACUCACUAAACAAGUGGACACUCACUUGUAAGCUCACACAAUGCAGCGUCAUCUCUGCAUCGGCCUUGUGUUACUGUAUACCUGUGUCUGAAAUGAGAAUAUUUCCAGAUGAAUCGCCAUGAUCUAUGGACUCUGCAAACUGACUGAAGUGUUUUAAUAAAUGUUGUUUAAUGUAACACUGAAUAUUUAUAGUACAUAAAGAGUUGUCAUUUAAUUCUACGUUUAUUUUUUCCAUACUUAAAUACAUUUAUUGAAAUGUUGUGGCCUUUAUAUUUUUUUAAUAGUAUCAAUUAUCAAAAUGUGUUUACUGUGCAGGUUAAAUUUUUAGCACUGUGUGCAGUGUCUGGCUGUGCAGAAAGCAUACAGAAAGCCACAUAAUCUCAGGUACUCUUUUCU